AAGAGGAAACGAAAGCGAAUAGACUCCGAACAAUCAAUAAAACAUCUCAUUCUCCAAACUUCACUUACCUCCUUAUUCACUUAUUCUCUUGUUCUUCCUACACUACAUAGAAUAAAUAAACACCAUUGUAUACACAUAAUCAUACACCACGAAUCAACUCAUUAAGAAAUAUGUCAAAAACCUUCAGUCAAGGCGAUGUUGCAUCGCACAAUAAGCCUGAUGAUCUCUACAUCAUCGUAGAUGAAGAUGUUUACGAUCUCACCAAAUUCCAAGACGACCAUCCAGGUGGUAAAAAGAUCCUCACAAGAGUUGCUGGAAAAGAUGCUUCAAAGCAAUUCUGGAAAUAUCAUAAUGAAGGCAUUCUUAAGAAAUACAAGGCAAAGCUACAAGUGGGAUCAUUAGACACAAAGAAAGCCGCGGCACCACCAACGCCACCCGCCACUCCUCCACCAGCAAAAGAAGCUGUUAAACCACAGGCUGAAAGCGGUGCGGUUGUGCCGGCUCCAGCGAAUGAUGCAAAACAGGUCGUAGAGGAAUCGGAACCCUUGGAUCCGUAUGGUGAUUUGAUUCCUUUUGGGGAUCCAUCAUGGUAUCAGGGUGUAGGUUUUCCCUCUUUUAUGAAUCUGCGAAUAAUACUAAUCGGAUAAUAGUACCACUCACCAUAUUUCAAUGAGACGCACGCUGCUCUUCGUGAAGAAAUCCGCGAAUGGGUAUCUGCCGAAAUCGAACCAAAUGUUGGGGAAUGGGAUGAAGCUCGAAAGGUUCCUGAUGAAAUCUAUAAACAAAUGGGUACUCGAGGAUAUCUAGCAGGGUUGAUGGGUAUGCAUUAUCCAACUCAGUAUACUCAGAAUAGAAUUAAGAGUGUGCCACCUGAGAAAUGGGAUUUGUUCCAUGAGAUGCUUCUUACCGAUGAAUUGUCGCGUGCGGCAAGUGGUGGGUUUGUUUGGAAUGUUAUUGGUGGAUUUGGAAUUGGUUGUCCGCCUUUGGUUAAAUUUGGAAAGAAACCUUUGGUGGAGAGAAUUCUGCCAGGCAUUUUGAAUGGUGACAAGAGGAUUUGUUUGGCUAUCACUGAGCCAGAUGCUGGUUCUGAUGUUGCCAAUUUGACCUGUGAGGCAAAAUUGACGGAAGAUGGAAAGCAUUAUAUUGUUAAUGGUGAGAAGAAAUGGAUCACCAAUGGCGUUUGGUGUGAUUAUUUCACUACUGCCGUUAGAACUGGAAAGGAAGGUAUGAAUGGUGUCAGUGUUCUUCUUAUCGAGAGAUCUGCUGGUGGUGUUAGCACCAGAAAGAUGGACUGUCAAGGUGUUUGGUCUAGUGGUACUACAUAUAUUACAUUUGAGGAUGUGAAGGUUCCAGUUGAGAAUCUUAUUGGAAAAGAGAACCAGGGAUUUAAAGGUACAUUUCAUCAUCAUCCUAUCUUCAGCAUCUACUAACAUUAUUAUAGUCAUCAUGACAAACUUCAACCACGAAAGAAUCGGGAUAAUUAUUCAAUGUCUCCGCUUCUCCCGUGUCUGCUACGAAGAGAGCGUAAAAUACGCCCACAAACGUCGCACCUUUGGCAAGAAACUCAUUGAUCACCCGGUAAUCCGUCUUAAGCUCGCUCAUAUGGCUCGUCAAAUCGAAGCUUCCUACUCUUGGCUUGAAUCCCUCAUUUACCAAUGUUCGAAGAUGGGAGAGACAGAAGCUAUGUUAAGACUAGGUGGACCAAUUGCAAGUCUCAAGGCUCAAGCUACCGUCACCUUUGAAUUCUGUGCAAGAGAAGCCAGUCAAAUCUUCGGAGGUCUGAGUUAUAGUCGUGGUGGUCAGGGUGGAAAGGUCGAAAGACUUUAUAGAGAUGUGAGGGCCUAUGCUAUUCCAGGUGGAAGUGAGGAGAUCAUGCUCGAUUUGAGUAUCAGACAGAGUUUGAGGGUGGGAAAAGCAUUGGGUAUGAAGCUGUAAAGGGAAUAUGAUUUGAGCUGGCAAAAGAUUGUAAUUUCGUCGUGGUAUCGGUAGAAGGAAGAUAAAAUGAAGUCUUUUGUAUAUUAUUGGCUUUGCAUCAAGAUUGGUGCUUUGCGUUUGAUACUGGGAUCGGUGCUUGGGAUUGGGGGAUUGGGAGUUCUGAGGAGAAUAAUAUAAUACUAUUUUAUAUUAUUUAGAUUAUAUUCAUCA